AUGGCCUCGCCACAGCCAUCCCAGCUCGAUGGCCCUGCCUUUGCGCACAUCCCCGCCCCAGUCAAGGCCAAAUUGAGGCCAUUCGCCAUUGACAAGAUCCAACGCAUCUACCAAUGGAUGGAAACGGAGAUCAUCCCCCGCGAACCUGUCAUGGACGCCCAGCUGGCCGCCAAACCGUGGGGCAUGCCCGCUCUGCUGCGGGAACUGCGUGCUCGUGCCAAGGAGGAGGGUCUCUGGAACCUCUUCCUGCCCAACACCUUUAAAGAAAGCCCAGGAUUGACAAACCUCGAAUACGGAUGCAUGUGCGAGCUAAUGGGGCGGUGCUACUGGGGCGCCAUGGUCUUCAACUGCCACGCCCCGGACACGGGCAACUGCGAGCUCCUGGCCAAGUACUGCAGCGAGGAGCAGAAGGAGAAGUGGCUGAAGCCUUUGCUGGAAGGGACCUGCGGCUCCGGCUACUCCAUGACGGAGCCGUCCGUCGCCACUUCGGACGCGACAAACGUGGGCAUUCGGAUCACGAAAAAGGGCGACGACUAUGUGAUCAAUGGGCGGAAGCUCUACUCCAACUGCCUGUGGAACAAGCAUCUCAAGUUCUACAUUCUCAUGGGCCUGAGCGAUCCCGAGAAUCCCAACCCCUGGCGGCGCCACUCGAUGCUCAUUGUCCCGGCGGACAGUCCCGGCCUCACGCAGGUGCGCAACCUGACGGUGCUGGGGUACGACUGGGCACCCGAGGGCCACGGCGAGUACACCUACGACAACGUGGUGAUUCCCAAGGAGAACCUGAUCCUCGGCGAGGGGCGCGCCUUUGAGAUCGCGCAGGGACGACUGGGCGGCGGCCGCAUCCACCACACAAUGAGACUCCUCGGACAGGCCGAGCGUGCCGUCGAACUCGCCAUCAUGCGCUGCCGCGACCCACGCUUCAAGCCCCGAGGGAAGCUCAUUGGCGAUUUUGACUCCAACAUUGAGCGUGUCGCGCAGAUGCGUCUCGAGCUCGACGCCAUGCGUCUUGUUGUCCUCAAUGCGGCCGAGACGAUUGACCUGUUUGGUCCCAAGGCUGGUCGGAAGGCCAUUGCGCAGUGCAAAGUCCUCGUACCCAAGGCUAUCCAGGGCAUCGUCGACGAAUGCAUGCAGAUAUUUGGCGGCCAGGGUGUCACGCAGCACACACCACUGCCUGGCAUCUGGGCCUACGCGCGAUGGGCUAGGUUGGCUGAUGGGCCUGACAGCGCACACAGACACCAGGUGGGUAGGGACGAGCUGAAGAAAGCGGUUGAGAUUACGAAGCGGCACCAGGAGUACAAUAGGUUGGCCAAGGUGUACGGGGAGAAGCAUGGCGAGAAGGUGCACAUGAUGCCAGAGGAUUCCCUAUAA